AGAAACAGCGAGUGCAUGGAGAGGAAUCUACUCACUGGCUUUGGAAAAGCUGGGAGCUGCUUGCCAUCAAGAGGAAAGUAGCCAUGUCUGAGGGCAAAGCCAGAAAGGAAACUCCUGCUGCUGCCUCAGCUGAAUGCCCUGUAUGUUAUGAGACAUUUCAGUCUCCUGCAGUAUCACGUCGAGUUCUGAGCUGUGGGCACAUCUUUUGCCAUGACUGUUUGGUCAAGUGUUUUUUAGCAUCGCAGGCAGAUGGCCGCCUCCAGAAUGGCCUCAUAUGCCCCAUCUGUCGCUUCAUCACCUUGCUGUGCCAAAAGAGGACCUGCUGGCCUUCCAAGCCAGAUCCCACCUCUCAGUCUCUGGAGCUGCCACUCUCCCCCUCCUUAUUACCCUGUGGAGUGCCUUUGGGGUCAGCAAACACUUUGGUGGUGCCUGGUCAUUACCUGAUGUCACUGAAUGGUUAUAGUGGCCGACAGAGUGUGUGUGGCUGCCCUAAUAUGGACUCAAUGGUGUUUCCACAUGGCUUGGAGCGGGAACCCAACAUUUUCAUUAUCAGUCAGUGUGGAAUGCCACUGAUUGAAGAGAACUAUGUUCCUGUGGCUCGAGAUAGCAGGGUGGAAGUUCCAGGAUCAGUGGACUCUCAGAGUUCUCUAGGGAUGGGCUGCUUCCGGUCACCUAUUAUCCUGGCAAUUUUCCUUGUCUCUGCUGUUGCUCUGUUGGGGGCUGUGCUCCCCUGGCUGUUGCUUGUAAAGAAGAACGAAUGAACCUGGUGGAUGGAGUCCCUUUAAUACCUAAUCUGCAGAAUCUUCUAUGUGGAAAUACCAGCUGAACAAAGCCAAAGGGUUCUAGAUUGAUGGAAGAUACUCAAAGGAAACUGAGAUUGCAAAGAGAUAGUAUUUGCAUCUUGUUAGGGAUUAUUUUCCAAGGAGCAAGAAGGAUCAGCUGUAGAAAGGGUCCAGUCAUCCUAUUAAGGAUGUUAAUUAAAUUUUUAUUUAUUUGGUACAUGUAUAUCCUGCCCUUCCUCCAAGGAGAUCACAUUAUAGUUUCACAAUUUUCCUGUGAAUUUAGAAGCAGGUUAGAUUGAGAGACAGAAACAUUGCCCAAGACCACUCAUUAAGAGCCAAUCCAGAUGAGACAUUGGGAAUUUCAUAAUCAUAGCUACCAUUAUUUUAAUAAUGUAGUGACCAGGCAUGCUGAAGCCACAUUCCGACUGAGACUACAGCAAGAAGCUUAAAUCUCCCCCUAUGUGCUAUUUUUCUGACUUAAAGUGGUCCUGGGAAGCUACCAUUUGCCUAUAUUGGGACAACAUAGAGAUACCUGUAGCUGUAUUUUUAUGUUUCCCCAGCAGGGAAAAUGGCAGCUCCCUGGAGGCAUUUUAGGUCAGAACAAUGGAACAGGACAAUGGCUUGAACCCCCCUUCCCUCACACAUCCAUGACAAUUGGAUGCCCAUACUUUAAAAAACUGAGAUCUCUGCUUAUGGCACUUCUAUUGUCUCCCUUGGUUUGGUCCUGAUUUCACAGAUGAUCAGCGUCUUGAAUCUGAGUCUCUAAGCCCAAAGCCAACCUUCUAGAUAGCUGUGGAAACGAUAUUGAAUACAUAGGGUGGGGAUUGGAUUGGAGAGGCUGUUAAAUGCUUCCUAUUUACUGAAUAUGUUCCCAUAUUUUACUUCAUCGGUCACAAUAAUUCAAUAAGCCAUAGUGUUUGAGGCACGUCAAAGGCAGCUUGGGUGGUUAAGAUGCCAAUGGAAUCCUGUGUCCUUUUUCCACCCAAGCAAAUUCCUUAAUAUUGUUCUGCAUUGCUAACACUGAAAGAUUUUCAUUCUACAUGCCUGAGAUGGCUGCAUUGCCACAGGAAAUAGAUGGAUCCCUCUCAUGUGGCUUUUGAUAGACUGUGCAAUGCAGGUCAGAGAUACCCCUAGCUGAGAUACUGUUUAUCCAGAGAUUAGCAACUAUUAAUGAUUAUUACUUUAGUGUUACAGACCUUCAUGAUGUUCUGGUGGAUUAUUUAAUAUUGUAGUUCUUAUGCAGAGAUAUCAGUAUUUAGGUCUAUAGUUUGAAUUUGGAUGACUCCAUUUAGGAGGCACAGUGCUAAUUUUGGUCUUUCUCGAAGAGCAGUUUCAUGUUGUUGGAGGGAUUCUAUUUGUCCUCAUGUACAUUGACUAGUUGGAUACAACAAGAUUCCGUCUUGUCACCUACAUUAUUCUACAACUAUAUAAAGCUUUUGUGAGAGAUCAUUCAGAGAUUUGGGGCAUGGUGUUAUCUUUUCAGGUAAUUCCAGAGAAGUGGUACAAGUGUCAAAUCAGAGAGUGAAGGACUGGAUGUGUGUGUUAUGUGCCGUCAGAUCACCUCCAACUUAUGGCGACCCUAUGAAUGAAAGAACUCCCAAAUGUCCUAUCAUUAACAGACUUGCUCAGAUCUCUUUAUUGAGUCAAGCCAUCUUGUUUUAGGUCUUCCUCUUUUCCUGCUGCCUUCCACUUUUUCUAGCGUUAUUGACUUUUCCAGAGAAUCUUGUCUUCUCAUUAUGUGACCAAAGUACAAUAGCCUUCGUCUUGUCAUUUUAGCUUCUAAGCAGAAUUCAGGCUUGAUUUGAUCUAGUAUCCACUUAUUAGUCUUUUUGGCUGUCCAUGGUAUCUGCAAAACUCUCCUUCAGCACCAUAUUUCAAAUUAAUCCAUUUUCUUCCAGUCAGCUUUCUUUACUGUCCAACUUUCUCAUCCAUACAUGGCAAUGAGGAAUAUCAUAGUUUGGAUUAUCUUGAUCUUGGUUCCCAGAGAGACAUCUUUAUCUUUAAGGAUCUUAUCUAACUCCCUCACAGCUGCUCUUCCAAGUCUCAGUCUUCUUCUGAUUUCUUCACUGCAGUCUCCCUGUUGUUGAUGAUUGAACCAAGGAAUAGAAAAUCUUGAACAACUUCAAUUUCCUCAUUCUCAAUUUUAAAAUUGUGUAAUUCCUCGGUAGUCAUUACUUUUGUCUUCUUGAUGUUCAAAUGUAAUCCUGCUUUGGCGCUUUCUCCUUUAACCUUCAUCGUAGUCAUUUCAAGUCUUCACUAUUUUCUGCCAGUAACAUGGUGUCAUCUGCAUAUUUCAAACUGUUAAUGUUCCUUCCACCAAUUUUCACUCCACCUUCUUCUAGAUCUAAUCCAGCUUUCCUUAUGAUAUACUCUGUAUUUUUUUUUAUGCACAACCUGUACUCUGGACAAGAGGAUACUGUCAGGACAGAAUAUGGGGAAAGAAUGAUUUCCAAUUGGCAAGGGUGUCAGACAAGGAUGCAUAUUAUCUCCCUGACCGAUCUCCACUACCGCUUUCUUCCUACUCUCGCCUCCUUUUGCAGGAAAAAGACGGUGACUCUGCUGCUGAGUUUGUGUAGCCCUGCCUCUCACAGCUUCUAUUUGCUCUUACCUGGCUUUGCCAGCCAGGUUGUUGUCUUUCUCCUGUGAAAGGAGGUAGGAGCAAGAAGAAAGUGGUGGCAGCAGUGAUGUGCAACUGCCUGCACCUCCAGAUGCACGGUCACUGCCACACCACUAUCUGGAGCAUGGGGGAAGUGGGGAGCUGGACAAACAUCCAUCAGAGGCAGCAGUGGCCAGGCAGAGGUCUGAGAGGCAAUCCCUCUCCUCUCCCCCACCCAGUACUCUGGGACGAGGCCAUGCUUCCAAGUAAGCUGGCUGGCCAGGGAGCCCAGACACGUAGGGCUGCCUCACUGUGUGCCUUUUCUAGAUGUGGUCUAGGGUAUCAGCAGACGUGGGUCUAAACCUGUGGCAGGUGUCAUGUCUAGCUUGGCCCUGGGACUCAUGAAAACAAAAUGGAUACACAAAAUCAAUGCUGUUCCCAUUGCUUUGGUUGCAAUUUGUUUCUGGGCAGUAUACAAAGUGCUGCUAAUGACCUGAAAAACCUUAAAUGACUUGGUUCCAGAGUGCUUGAAGGACUGUCUCCGCUCACAUCAGUCCCCCCUGGUCUUGAGAUCCAUGCAAGCAACUCUAUCUGAAGUGAGGCUGUAGUUGGGGUUUGUGGGUAAGUCUUUUUAAGCUUCCACUUCAAACUUUGGAACUUCCUGCCUCAGGAUGAGAGACUGGCACCAUCCAUACAAGCCUUUUAGAGUAAGUUGAAAACAGCUCUAUUUUGGAAGGUUUUUGAAUUAAAUUAGAUUAAAUGGUGGCAUCUGUUGUUUUUCUGGGUCUUCCUUGAUUUUAUGUAUGUAACUGCUAUUUUAUCAAUGUCAGUUUAAUUUUGAUUCUUCUGGUUCUGUAAUUUUCCUUGUCUUAAUCUGUUAGCCACUUUGAGGUAUUGUAAAUGGCUGAAAGGCAGCACAGAAAUAACCAUUAAAAAUGAACAGAUGGCUAAAUAAAUAAAUACAGAUAAUUUUUAUACAUUCUGUAUUUGUAUUCUACUUUUGACAUUGUUGCUAGAGCCAUAAUUAGACAUAAUAAAAAAGAUAGAAUUGGUAUGUACAAUAUCUUUACAAUCUGCCCUUGUUUUUCCUUCGGCAGGCAUGCCAGAUAGUUGUGCAUCAUGUUGCUGAGUAUGCAAACAAGCUACCUCUUUAUGUAAUUAAGAGCAUACCGAUUACAGCAUCCCAGAGCAUUGCAUAACUUUCAUCAGGAGUUUUUACAUCCAGUAGUGGGACUAAACCAGAAUGGACUGAGAGAGAAUUCAUACAUGCAUAUUUAUCACAGCAGAUCUGCAUGUUUAAUAUCGCACUGUGAAGUGAUGAUAGGGAUUCCCCGCCCCCACCUUUUGUUCCAUUCAACCGGUCCCAUUCUCUGGAGGGAGAUGACGCACUUCUCGUUGAAAAGGGGAGCUUACAGGGUAGUGUGUUACCAGGCUCAAGCCCAGAGAGCCAGUGGUAACACUACCCUGUAAGUUCCACUGUAAGUGUGGGGGGGGGGGCAGAGGGAGUCAUAGGGGUGGCAACAGGACAACUCAACUUGGAGCACUUCUGCAUUGCACUGAGGAUGAUGCCAACCAUGUAGUAGGAUUACCAGACAUCAUACUUGGUUGAAAAACUGAAGUGAUAGGGGCUCAGUAGGGGCAAAAUCAACACAGGAAUGGGCCAAGAAACACCACAGUGUGCUCCCGCAUACUCCAGAGUACUUCUGUGUCAUGCUGGGAAUGAUGUCAUUCAUGGCAUGCAGAAGUUGGUAAAAAUCAGCCCCAAACACUACAUAGACACAUUUUCCACACCUCCUCAUACUGGCCAGAUGCAAGGUGGUGGAGGGUGGUGGCUGCAGUGAGGGAUCCCCUGCCCCCACUAGGGGGCUAGUAACUCCACUACAGGGUCUCAGAAGGGCCUGUUUGAGGUGGAUUUUGCUUCCCAAGACCCUGUCACUUCCAUUUUUCAACCAGACGUGAUGUUGUUGGGGCUUCUGGAGUACAUGUACACAAUGGGGCCUCCGUGCCUGCAAUGUGACCAUCUGUUUCCUGCUUUGGAGGUAAAGAGGGUUGGCAAUCCUAAGUGAAGACUUGUCUGAGUGCAUAUUGCAUACUAAGUUUUCAUGAAUGAUGGGACAAAAUCAGAACUAAUGCCAUCGGGAGACAAUAUAUCACAGAGUUUAAUUACUAAGGAACAUUUUCAAUGGUGCCCUUAUGUUAUUAAUUAUCUUUAAAUAUUGAUUUCAUUGAAUUUUACUAAAUUGAUCUCAGAUAUAUUCUUGGAUUUAGAUUGAUGGGCAACCCUAAACCUGUCACUAUGGGGUAAAGUAAAACACUCAAAAUGAACAUUAUACCUUGAAUUAUAUGUUAUGCAUGCAAUCCCUUUUUAUAUACCUUGUAGAUAAAAUUAAUACUUUCUUUUGGAAAUUUAUGUGGGGCUCAGGAGGACUACCCAAGUUUUCUUUAAAGAGGAUGCAACUUUCAAUUAAUGAAGGAGGAUUUGGCCUUCCAGACCUUAGGGUUUAUCAUUAGGCAUAUUUGUUAGCAUGUACAAAUUACUUCCCUCCCCUCACACGGAGUAUCCAUCUUGGGCUCUGUUGGAGGCCUAGUUUUGGAACCCCUUUUUAAGUGGAAUGCAUUAGGGUCUACCUAUAUUAAAAUGAGUUUUGUGCCUCCAACAGUUUCUGCAGCUAGAGAAGUAUGGCAUAUAAUAUCACAACAAUAUCAAUUUGAUCUGUUUCCACAUGCUAAAUUAACAUUAUGGUCAAAUCCUGAUUAAAAAAUUGUGAAGAAAUCUUUCUUAUGGAAGGCUUGGACAGAUAAGGGAAUUUUUUUUACUUUAGGUCAAUUGAUAGGUAAUGACGACUUUUUGCCAUUUUUCCAAGGUCUAAAUAUGAUCUGAUAAUUUCUGCUGAAUGACAAUAUUUACAAUUGCAAUAUUUUUUGGUGUCUAAAUAUGGUCCUACAGCUCUGAGUGCUUCAGAAUCUCCCCCACUUCUGGAAAUUCUUAUUGAAUCAGUACAGAAUGUGAAAUCUAUAAUAUUUGUACAUAAAUAUUUGCGGACUGUUAAUAAAUAUGAUACACAGAAUCUUAGAGAUGAAUGGAAUAAUGAUCUGGAGCAUCCAAUUUUGUUAAAGCAAUGGGAUAAGGCUUUAAGUGAUAUUCCCUUUGCUACUAUGCAUCUUAAGUUAUGACUUAUUCAGAAAAAAAUUAUGUUUAGGGUAUACUGGACACCAUAGUGUCUUUUUACUAAAAGUUAAGCACAGUGUGUAACUUGGCAGUGUAAUUAACAAAUGCAUCUCUUAAGCAUAUGCUUUGGUCAUGUUUAGUCAUUCAACCCUUUUGGGAGGAAGUUAUUAAUUCUGUGUUAGAAAACUCAUUUAUUUUUGUGGAUGUUAAUGUACUAUUACACUACUUGCCGGUUUCUUAGAAUCUAACCAAUGGUCAACAGAAAUGGACCUUCUGUGAUCUUACAGUUGCUAAAAGACUUAUACUUCAACAUCGGAAAGACAAAAAGCCCACUUCCUGUAAAUCACUGGACUGAAGACCUUAUAAACUUAUCAACAUUUGAAUGUUUCACAUAUAGAAGGCAAGUGUGCAAGGACUUAUAUUUAGAUAUUUGGAAAUCUUUUAUAGAUACCUACGUAUAGAUUUGCCAGUCGGGUUCUUGUAGCCACUAUUGUAUUCUUUCUUUAUUUUCUCUCACCUGUUGGCUUUUUUAUUUUAAUUUUUUAA